AUGAAUCGUAGUCAAAAAUUUGCAAGGUUGCUUCAGCUUUUGGGACAAUGUUCUGAAAGUAUUGUUUAUUAUGAUGAAAUUGCUUCUGUCGUGCAACGAAUUCGACAAAUUGAAUCAAUUAUGGCACCAAUUCAGUUUCAUCCGAAUCAAGUUUUCGAUGAAACCAAACACAUUGUAGAUCCAAUUGCUAAAAAAUAUCUUGAGAAAGCGACUAAUGAUGUACUUCAUCUUAUUCCGGUCAAAGUUGCUGAUGACGGAAACUGUUUAUACCAUUCAAUUCUUCUAUUAAUGAAUAAUCCAACGGUGACGACGGAUGAAUUGCGCGUUCGAGCAAUUAUCGAACUUAUGACAAAUGAAGCUUAUUAUGAUAGCAUGUAUUCACAAUUCAUCGGAUCUGUUGCAUUUAUUAUCAAGGCUAUGUGCAAAAAUAAUACAUUUUCAGAAUUGUAUGAAAUUAGUGCAUUAUGCAAUGUACUUAAAUGUAAUAUACGAAGUAUCUAUCCAAAAAUUGAUUUUCGAGAAGAUCUGGCAAUUAUGAAUAACGUCUUUACGCCUGCUCCAUCUGUCAUUGCCAACUGUAACAUCGCAAUUUUGUGGUCUCAUGUCCGGAAUGAAACAGAUGCACGAGCUGCAAAUAAUGGCGCAUGGAGUCCCAAUCAUUUUGUUCCACUUCUAUCAUCAGCAGUGCAUUACACAUCUGAACAUGGAAAUAAAUCACCAACGUUUGCCACUCCUGAAAAGAAAACGUUUAAGAAUAAUACUCCUACUCGAGUACGAAAUCCUGAAUUUGAAUGUUCUCCUAGCAGCCGUCGACGUAUCGAUAAUAUCGGAGUAUACUCCACUCAUUUAAUCAGUUCAAGUGUACUACAACAAAGUCAAAGUGGCAUAGAAGAACAACGUCAAGUGCGGCUUGAUGUACUAAAAGAACGAGCUCAGUCUAGACGAAUGAACGAAACAGCUGAACAUCGUCAAAUUCGGCUUGAAAAGCAACAACGUCGAGAUCAAUCUCAUCGAUCAAAUGAAACAGAAGAACACCGUCAACUUCGCCUUGAAAAGCAAAAACGUCGAGACCAAUCGAAUCGAUCAAAUGAAACAGAACAACAACGUCAAAUUCGACUUGAGAAGCAAAGGAAACGAAGCGAAGCAAACAGAGCGAAGAAGAAACUUGAAAAACACACAUUUGACAACAUUGACAUUCAUCGACAAAAUACCGAAAUGCAAUUUAGUGGAACGGAAGAAGAAGCAUCUUGCGACAAUAGUAGCACAAAUGAAAACGUCAUACAGAAAAAGAACGACUCAAAUUAUUCCUGUUGGCCUGAACCGAUUCCUCGUGAAUUAAAAGAGGCCCGAUUGCAAAAGUUUCUUCAACAGAUGUCCAUGCCAGUACUGGCUGAAGCUACUUGUGCAAUUUGCAAUGUUCGUACUCCAAUACAACAGUCAAAAAAAGUGCCACUCUCGAAAAUUCCUAAUAUUCAAUUCCUUAAAGUUUCUGACGAGCUCAAAAAUUUAAUUACUAAUGGUUCAUCAUCGUUAUCACAACAUUUAGACGGUAAUAGCACAGCGAUUCUUCAAAAUAUUCAAAGUAACAUAUGAUUACUGUGAUUUGAGACAUUAUAUAGAAUAUUUGACUAUUCUAGUUCCUUCAACUUUCGAUUCUUCAUCAUUUCAUUAUGAUAAUGAUGUUAUCUUAUAUACCAAAGGAUUAUUUCAACAAAACAAGGUGAACAUGUGCACACUUUGCCAAAAAUGU